AUGCCGAUCUUCGUGAGCGCCUACAGUCUGCGUGCCAUCAGCAAAUACUAUGCCCACCAAGAUCAGAGUGGCCUGGACAAACUGUGCCACUUGAAUAAUCAUCUGGUCGCUUUUAUCUUGGCUAAACUCCAUAAUGUGUUGUUUGCUCUAUAUUUCGCUACGAUAGCACGUCGUAGUCCCUCGCCAGACGCCGUCUCCCGGUCCACGUACGGCAGCCUGGAAUCCAUCCCAGACAUACACAUUCGAGUCGACAAGGAUUGCGAUGUCAGCGAAUCCACUCCCCUGCUGGCAGCUGCUCAGCGCUCCACCAAGACACCCUCAUCCCUCACAGCCUCCUCCUCGGCGUCGUCUUCCUGCAACCCGACGCUCCACCGCGACUGCUUCAAUUGGCGCUCGGUGGGUCUGCUGGUCAUGUGUACCUCCGCCUUGGCACUCGCCGCCUAUUUGCUCUGGAGACAAACCCAAGCGCCUGACUUUGGCUACCGACUCAGUCUCAUUGGGCAUGAUAUAUGGUCGGAUGUGGAUCUUCAGGGUCGGGGAACUCUCUUGGAUCCGAUCAGUGUCUGCACAGUGAUCUUUACCCAUACCGAGGGCCCCGGGUGCCAUGAUGAUUGCCCGGAAGUAUUGCGUAAGCUGGAAAGGUCGCAUCUUGGGGAGCUGCCCUACAACUUCCUGGUCGCCGGUGAUUGUCAGGUCUUCGAGGCACAAGGAUGGCACUCUCGGAGCCAUUUCCCGGGGGAUCUUCCUGGAAAAGACUCUUUGGUGGCGGCCUUCGUGGGUAACUUCAGCGGGAGACCACCCAUCCCUUGCCAGCUGAUGGCCGCCCAGGCUCUGAUCCUAGAAUCCCUGAAACGCCGCACACUGCAUCAGGAGUACCAACUGUACGUGGUGGGCAGCAAUACGGACGCACUGCAGCGCGAACUGAGGCACUGGCCGCACUACGCGAGCCACCAAACGGCCAAGUGAAUCCACAUAGACACACGGUU